AACAAGAGUCAAAAAAAGGAUGAAACGUCCCUUUAGAAAUGGUGUCAUGUUUGAAUCAGUAUCAGUUAAAGAGAUUGUGUGUCAAACUUUCUAUGAGAAAAGGGGUACUGCCUUUUUUUCUGGACAUUAGCAAUUGGAGUAUUCUCCAAUGCAAAGGGAAAAAUUUAUGCUUGAUUUCAAUCAUUUACUUUGUUAGAAAAGAAUACUAUCACUCACCCACUCAUAGCUACUAGUUGAUUCAAAAUAAAGUAGGGAGAAAGUAAUAAAGAGGGAAGGAAAAUUCCAUGAUGAACAUGACAGUCAAUUUCUCCAUUAUUGUUUAGGUUCUAAAUGAGAUUAUAUAUCUUCAUUAUGCUGAGAAACUAUCCUUGCAACAGCCUUGUAAGCUGUGAGUCUAACCUUGCAGAAUCUCACUGAUCAUGGCUUCAAAAAAGCUGGGAUGGCUUUAAUUCCUAUUGCAGCAUUCAAACGAUUGUCAAAUUGGGGUGCAUCAAGUACAAGAGUGGCAAGUACUUGAUUGGUUUCUCCUUUUACUAGUCCAUCAAGUAGGUAUCAAAUUCCGUGGCCUUCUCUUGAGUUGAAUAAACAUGGCUGUCCGACACUCUUUUGAAGUAGCUAAUGGUUCCUGUGAUGACGAUGGGCAUCCGAGAAGAACUGGAACCUUGUGGAGUUGUGUAGCGCAUAUCAUUACUGCUGUUAUUGGCGCUGGAGUUUUGUCUCUGGCUUGGAGUACUUCACAGUUAGGAUGGAUAGCGGGGCCAGUUACCUUGCUUUGUUUUGCAAUUGUCACCUAUGUUUCUGCAUUCCUCCUUUCCGAUUGUUACAGGUGUCCUGACUCCAUAACCGGAACACGAAACUACUCUUACAUGGAUGCUGUUAGAGUGAAUCUUGGAAGAAAACACACGUGGUUUUGUGGUUUGCUUCAAUAUUUGAGCUUGUAUGGGACUGGUAUUGCUUAUGUAAUAACUACAGCUACCAGUAUGAGGGCAAUCCAGAGAUCAAACUGUUAUCACAAAGAAGGGCACCAAGCUCCAUGUGCAUAUGGGGCUACCUUUUAUAUGCUGCUCUUUGGACUUGUUCAGAUCGUUAUGUCACAGAUUCCAGAUUUCCAUAACAUGGAAUGGCUUUCUGUGGUUGCUGCAAUUAUGUCUUUUACCUACGCUUUUAUUGGAUUUUCACUUGGCUUUGCAAAAGUAAUAGAAAAUGGGAAGAUUAUGGGGAGCAUUACAGGAGUCCCAGCUUCUAGUCUUGCUAAUAAAAUAUGGUUAGUCUUCCAAGCACUUGGGGACAUUGCUUUUGCCUAUCCAUACUCAAUUAUUGUUAUUGAGAUCCAGGACACUUUGAAGUCUCCUCCUCCAGAAAACAAGACCAUGAAGAGGGCCUCAAUGGUUGCAAUCUUUGUCACAACCUUUUUCUACCUCUGCUGUGGAUGCUUUGGAUAUGCAGCCUUUGGAAAUGAUACACCAGGAAACCUAUUGACAGGAUUUGGUUUCUAUGAACCUUAUUGGCUCAUUGAUUUUGCUAAUGCUUGCAUUGUUCUUCAUUUGAUAGGAGGAUAUCAGAUUUAUAGUCAGCCAAUCUUUGCAUUUGCUGAAGGAUGGUUUGCCAAGAAAUUCCCAAACAGUGGCUUUGUACAUAAUUUCUACACCUUCAAACUCCCACUGUUGCCAGGCUUUCAGUUAAAUCUUCUCAGGCUAUGUUUCCGAACUGCAUACGUUGUGUCAACCACAGGAAUUGCAAUGCUCUUCCCGUACUUCAAUUUAGUCUUGGGACUGUUAGGGGCCGUGACUUUUUGGCCUUUGACUGUAUAUUUCCCUGUGGAAAUGUACUUUGUACAAAAGAAAGUAGGGGCUUGGACAAAUAAAUGGAUUGUACUUAGGACAUUUAGCUUUGUUUGCUUUCUUGUGACAGUAGUUGGUUGUAUUGGGUCACUUGAAGGACUUAUAAGUGCCAAACUGAGCUGAGGCAUUACUGUAAUUCUAAAUGAAUGGGAAAAAGACAAUGUAUUAUACUUUCAAUGACCAUAAUUAUAAUCCAAGCUUUCAGGGUGCUAUGAUUUCA